CUGGAUCAUUUGUAUUAACAAGCAUUAGUCCCUUAGUGCCCCUUUUUUGGUUUGGGCCACUGCCCCUCAAAAUAUCUGUGCACAGCCCUGAUUCGAGGCGUGGUCUGGUGUGUUUGCACAGACCGAUCGGUGGAUGACCAAAAAGCAUACAGAGCCCUCUGAUCUCUACUCGCAUCACUUUGUCGUUAUACACCGAUGCGCAGCCCUGGACACACAUUCUGACACAUAAUCAUUUAAAGAUGUGUCAUGGGAGAAGUUAUUAGUGGAUGUUAAGUUUACUUUCUGUUUCAGAUCUUUUUAACAGCACAUAUCUAUCUCUCUCUCUACAGAAAAACAUUACAUGGUCAUGGUGUAAGGUUUCUCACACUGGACUGAAUCAUGGUGGAGACUCAGGAUUCUUUUCCUUUUGGUUGUUUAUUGGAAUACCUGUUUACUUUGGUAGGAUUGAUAUUGUUCCUGCUGGAUAUAGCGCUGGACAUUUGGACUGUUGUGUCAUUCUAUCAGGAUGGGGCCUAUGUGUAUAUGGCAGUGAUGAUCUUUCUGCUGCUGGGCUCUUCAGUGUUGUUACAGGUGUUCAGCUGGCUCUGGUACUCUGAUUCACUGAACAAGAUUGAGAGUAAGGUGGAGAAAUUUACAGACCGGCAUUCAUUGAUCAAACCAUUCCACUUCCUGCAGCUCGGAGUCUACCUCAGGUAUGCGGGGGUGGUAGAGACCUCCACAAUGGAUUUUCAUCAUUACACUAAUAAUUUCAGAGAGGGUGUGGCCAUGUGCCUGAACCAUGAUCUUCAGAUGCUUCGUCUAUUUGAGACAUUUUCUGAAAGUGCCCCACAACUCACACUUAUGAUGACUAGAAUCCUACAGAGAGGAGAGGUGGAGCGUAUUACAGCUUUAAAAAUCCUCACAUCAGCUGCUGCAAUUUCCAGUAGUAUUGCCUUGUACCACCGCAGCAUGCGUAUCUAUCUUCCUGAAAAAUGCAAGAUGAGUUGGAUCUCCACUGUGAUUUACUUCCUGUGGAACUUGUUGCUGAUCAUUCCCCGUGUAACUGCUCUGGCACUCUUCUGCAGUGUAUUGCCAUCCUACAUCAUAGCUCACUUCCUGUCCCUGUGGAUGCUGCUGGUUUUAGCGGCCUGGAGCCAGAAAACAAAUUACAUGGAACAUUCUGGUUGGGAAUGGCUCUACAGAGCUGCCAUUGGACUCAUUUGGUACUUCAGCUGGCUUAAUGUAUCAACAGGAAGCAUAAAAUUGAAGUCGAUUUUCUAUUAUAGUUUCAUGGCUUUAGACACAAUGUUGCUGCUGGGCUUCUGGUGGUGGAAGGUGUUUGAGUAUGCAGGCUGCUGGAGCUCCUUAAAUCCUCACAUUGUGAUCCCGACACUACUAGGUUUGUACGCCAUUGGAAUACUAGUGAAAAUGAUAUACUACAGAUGGCUUCAUCCCAACAGUGAUAAAGAGAAAAUCACUGAACCCACUGAAAAAGGGAAGUUCAGAAGAGCUGCAACAUGCGACACAGACUCAGUCUCAUCCCUGGAAGAUAUAGCUGCAUCAACAUGA